UCACCCUGGGGUGCACGACGCUGUUGGCAGCUCCGAGGAGCAGCGUGUUCCUCUUUGUGGUCGUCUUCUGAGAAGUGAAGGGGAAGCGUGGGCCAGAACAGGAAGUCCACGUCUCUCUUGAAGCAGCACUCGCUGAGAACCGGAGCCGGAGGAAGAGGCUCCAUGGCCGCGCUCAGAGGCCUUCAGGUGACUUCACUGCUGCUCCGGCUCACAGCAAUAACUGGAGCAACAGUCCUCUCCUCCAUCAUCAGAGCUGGAGAAGAAGUCACUUUGCCUUCUUCCCAUCUGAUAACAGAUCAGCACGGAUGUAAUGGUAGUUCUUGGCUUUACAGUCGUUCAAGAUCAUCAACAGUGGAGCUUUUUAUUCUUGGGAAGAUUAAACACAAUAAUAUUUACGAAGAUAAAUCCAACCGACUGAGAUUGACAGCAAACUGUUCUCUGGUCAUCAGAAAUGUAACGGAUAAAGAUUUUGGUGUUUACAUCCACAGACAGUUUAAUAAAGCAGGAGACCAACAAGGUCUAGAUGUUGAGGUGCUUCUGUCUGUUGUUAACAUGGAGGAACACCUGUCCUCUGAUGACGUCUACCUGACCUGCUCUGUGUUGACCAACGACGACUGUAACCACGAAGCAGAGUGGCUGUACGCGGGCGACGCCCACGGCGUGCAGACAUCCAGGAGCAGCUGCUCGGCCUCCGUGACGUUUCUAGCUCCUCCUCUUCAUCAGAAGAAGCCUCCCGAGUUCCUGAGGUGUCGCGUCACGGACCGACAGAGCGGGCGCUCGCUGCUGUACGGCGUCUGCACCGCGUCCUGGUGUGAGAAAACAGGAGGCACAUCAGAGGGGGAAAACAAGACAUCGUCUGCAAACGGUCCUCCAGCGUGGCUGUGGGUCCUCGUGGCCGUGGGUGUAGCCGCUCUCUUCAUCAUCACUGUGGCCGUCGUCAGGUGGAAGAGAACCAAAGGGAACCGAACGCGGAUGGAGGAAAGCAUUGAGCCGAGCGCAGACCGUGACGCGACUCCGCCCGGUCCAGAAACAGGUCCAGAAACCGGUCCAGAAACAGGUCCAGAAACAGGUCCAGAAACAGGUCCAGAAACCGGUCCAGCCGUGGUGAGCUCACAUGCCGCACUGGUGGAUCCUGAAGAAGGUGUCUCCUACGCCUCCGUCAGCUACACCAAGAAGACCAACAGUGGAGCCCAGGUGAGGGUCAGAGAGGAUGACGAUGACGUGGUGACCUACAGCACAGUGAAGUCUUCUUCCGCGAAGGCCUCGGCCGACCUCGGUGACCUCGGUGACCUCUACGCCGCCGUCAACAAACCGCACAAAUAAGGAGCCGCAUUUCAAUACGCUGAUGAUUCAUAAAGCAUUUCAGAUUUAUUGGUAGUUUAGUAUAGAAUGUUUCUCCAAUGACAAAACACUCGCAGUUCAGCAGCGUCUUGUUGACAUUUCUAGUGUUAUGAUAUUAAAAUGUGUUUUUUAGCAUUUCACUUUUUUUAUUUUUUACAAAUAUUUUUCAGGAUCAUUUUCAGGAUUUA